CCUUGUUCAGCAAAAAAAAUUGUAAUGGAUGUGUCGGUCGUAAUUCUAUCCCCACAAAAAUUUGCACUGUCCUUAUCCAACGGAUCUUUUAAUAAUGCAGUAGCUAUCUUGUGUAAGCCGCAAUUUCAUCAUCUCUUCCAUUGAAACAAAAAUUUUAGAGCUAAAUCAUCAUGCAGGAGAAUAAGGGAAGGCCCAAAGCAGUGGUGGUCGGAGGGAGCAUAGCCGGAAUAUCUUGCGCACACGCUCUUAUUAAAGCAGGCUGGGAAGUUCAGGUACUGGAAAAAUCCACCGCGCCGCCCACCGGAUGUUCCACUGGCGCCGGCCUUGGCCUCGACCCUCUCUCUCAAAGGCUCCUCCAGUCAUGGCUUUCCCGUCCGGAACUUCUCUUCGAGUCCACCUUGCCCCUUGCUACGGAAAAGGUCAAUACUCUCUCGAAUCGAGCAAUCGUUGGUGGAGAAAGCAAGAAGGGAUGGGUUUUGACGAAAGAUGAGAAUUUGAAUUUCAGAGCAGCUCACUGGGCAGACCUCCAUGGGCUUCUGUACAGUGAGCUUCCACCUGAAAUAUUUCUGUGGGGUCAUAUUUUCCUCUCUCUCUCCAAAUCUGAUGGCAAGAACUCUGUGAAAAUAGUGGCAAAAGGAGUGCAAACUGAUGAAAUAGUUGAAAUAGAGGGGGAUUUGGUUGUUGCAGCAGAUGGCUGUCUCUCUUCCAUACGUCACACCUUCCUUCCCAACUUCGAAUUGAGAUACUCAGGUUAUUGUGUUUGGAGAGGGGUUUUUGAUUUCUUAGAGAAUGAGAAUUCGGAAACCAUUAUGAACAUCCGAAAGGCGUAUCCAGAAAUCGGUAAAUGUUUAUAUUUUGAUUUGGCAUCUGGAACUCAUAUUGGACUCUUCGAAAUCCCUAACAAGAAGAUCAAUUGGAUUUGGUUUGUCAAUCAACAAGAACCCCUACUCAAGGCUAGAUCAAUGACCAUGAAAGCGAAUGAGGAGAUGGUGAGGAAGUUGCACAAACAAGUGGACGAGAUUUGGGUCCCCGAGUUUGCAAGAGUUGUUAAAGAAACGAAACAUCCUUUCAUCAAUGUCAUCUAUGACAGUGAUCCAUUGAAGCAACUAGUUUGGGACAACGUGGUAUUGGUUGGAGAAGCAGCUCAUCCAACUACUCCCCAUUGUGCCAGAAGCACGAAUAUGUCAAUAUUAGAUGCAGAAGUUUUGGGCAAAUGCCUAAAAAAAUGGGGAGUAGAAUAUUUGGAAACAGCCCUAGCUGAGUAUCAGUCUCUUCGGCUGCCUAUCGUUUCCGGGCAAGUACUGCACUCUCGACACGUCGGUCUGAUUAAGCAAGGUUUGGCCCUUCCCAACCAUGAACGUUUUGACUCGAUGGUGGUUACUACUACAGAAAACUUGCAGGAGAUUCAAAUUAGAAAUACGCCUUUCCUUGAUGAUGUUCCUCAAGUAAUUAAUCUGGUCUGAUCUAUGAAUCUGAGUCAAUUUCUGGAAAGUCGAAGCUCAAAUAUAUUCUGUUUAGUGGAGCGGAGAGGUAGUUUAAAGAAUGAGUGAGAUUAUGAGCGGAAGAUUUUAGGAUAAUUUAUCUUGUUAGAAGCUCGUUUGAUAUUCAAUAAUCUGUUGUUCUUGAUGUUUCUUUUUUUUUUUUUAAAUUCCAAUGAUAAUUUAUUUUCUCUCUGUCAAGUAGAAAC